ACCGUGGCCAGAACGUCCAUAUUCGGCCGUGUGAUCAAUGAAAUUCGAAGGAGGUCUCGUAGUCUUUGUGUUUAAUGAGUCUUGGUCUACGUUAUGGGGAAUUAGCAGGUAAAGAUGAGGCGGAGUUGGGAGUGUCGGAUGGAUGAAGUUUCUAAAGUUUCGAAGAGUUGAGCGUGUCGGAUGCAUGAAGUUCCUAAAAGUUUCGGAUAAACUGGUUUUAGACGAUACAUGGCUUUAUCAUCGACGAAGUUGCCCUCAUUUCUAUCUUCGACCGUCAGCACAGGAGUUAUAAAUGCACUUUACCACAAAAAAGUUCUUGAUCACUAUGAACAUCCACGAAAUGUUGGAACACUCGAUAAGGAUGAUCCGAAUGUUGGCACGGGCAUUGUUGGAUCACCGGCCUGUGGUGAUGUUAUGAAGCUUCAAAUUAAGGUCGAUGAAAGUGGCAAAAUAAUUGAUGCAAAAUUUAAAACAUUUGGUUGUGGCUCAGCAAUUGCAUCAAGUAGUUUGGCAUCCGAAUGGGUCAAAGGCAAGACAACAGAAUAUGCUUCGAAAAUCAAGAAUGACGACAUUGCAAAAGAGCUUUGCCUGCCUCCAGUCAAACUUCAUUGCUCCAUGCUAGCUCAAGAUGCAAUCCAGGCAGCUCUAAAAGACUACCAGAAAAAACAGAAGAAAUCGAAUGGCUGAUCGAUAUUGGGCAAUUAUUAUAUACAUGUAGAGUAAAUUCGUUUUUUUGCUUGGAUAUUAUCGAUAUAAGAUAUCAGUGUCCUAGCUUACCUGAUAGUAAUAGAUAUUUCCUUGUAAUACGUAUGUUUUGUUCAUUUAGUUUGUAAAAUAAAAUUCGGAAGACC